AGAAGAGAAAUCGGGAGAGAGAAGGCAUCAGGCAUCACCAUCAUAUCAUGGCUGCUGCAGCGGAAGAAGAAAAGGAGUUCUACCUGAGGUACUAUGUCGGGCACAAGGGAAAAUUUGGACACGAGUUCCUGGAGUUCGAGUUUAGACCGGACGGUAAGCUCCGUUACGCCAAUAACUCAAACUACAAAAACGAUACGAUGAUCCGGAAGGAGGUGUUUCUCACCCCCGCCCUUCUCUCCGAAUGCAAGCGUAUCGUCUCCGACAGCGAGAUAAUGAAAGAAGAUGAUUUUAAGUGGCCGGAACCUGACCGUGUUGGAAGACAAGAGCUUGAGAUCGUUAUGGGAAAUGAGCAUAUCUCCUUCGCUACCUCUAAGAUUGGUUCUCUUGUUGAUGUCCAGAGCAGUGAUGAUCCUGAAGGUCUUCGCAUCUUCUACUAUCUUGUUCAGGACUUGAAAUGUCUUGUUUUUUCGCUCAUCUCGCUUCACUUCAAGAUCAAGCCUAUUUAGAGAAAGAAGAAAUCAGUCUACUUGCUGCUGAUGGGAGUAUAUGGCUGAAGUUUUUUUUUUUUGUAUGUUUCUGGCUCAUUACUAUUACUGAGAGUAAUGCUAGUUUCUUGUUCUGUUAACUUGAAAACCUUGAGUUCCACUCAUAUCCUGUUUUUUCAAUGAAUCUUAAAUGAGCGUUGGUAUCGUAAUGGACAAUGGAUUGGCACUUCAAAAUCA